AUGGUUAUGGUCAAGUUUCAAGUUUCACAAGUGAAGACUAUUUUAAAAGCAACCUCGAAACAAGAUGCGAAUUUCGGAAUUUUCCUGAUCCCAAUAUCAAUUGGGAUCCCUGCACUUGCUCUUGUCUGUUUGGGAUACAUCCCAAAAUCAGAAGUUUUUCCUCAAGAGAUAAUGAAUAAGAUGAAGAACCAAGGAAUGGCGACAACGCUAACUAUACCUAUGGCUCUAGAAAUGGCAAAUAUUAUGCCACUAAUUUGUGCAUCAUUCAUCUUUUUGGUUAUGCUGGUGUCAAUAAUUUUUGCAAUAUCUUGCUUCGUGCGAAUCAAGAUUUUAAUGAAACAAAAGUUUGCGGCUAGCACAAGCUCAUCGUCGAAAAAGUCGCAAGAUCAAUUGAACACAAUGCUUCUGAUUCAAUUCAUUUUCCCAUUUUUCACUAUUCAUACACCAAUUCUUAUCACAUUUUUUCUUCCAUUUUUCGAUAUUAAUUUGGAAUUUUUAUCGGAUAACAUGUUGUAUUUAUCUGCAUGGUGUCCAGCAGCAAAUCCGAUUAUUGUGAUGAGUGUGGUUAAGAACGUUCGAGAAGUGUUACAAGACAAAUUUCUACCGAGGAAGAUCUCUGUUUCAGAUGGAAAAUCUUCCACUCAAGACGUCGUUCUCCAGAAAAGAAGUCGUUGA